AUGGACGUCCUGCCUAAAUUCCCCUGCUUCGAAGAAGAUGAGAUUGGUAAAUAUUUCAACUUAUUCUACGAGCUGGAACUAUUGAAAACCAUCGACGAAAACCUACCAGACAUCGCAGAUUUUGUAGUUCCCAUGGUGCUGGCUAUUUGCUCACUGACGUCCAGGAACAACAACUUCGAAAAGGUUGCUGCCCUGAGCGAGGCUUUACAAUCCGAUGCUUUGCGUCACGCAGAGCGGAUUUUGCAGCGUGCAUCAAUCCCGUCAUUGAAGUGCCUGCUUCUCAUCAUUCAACUCGCGCUGUUACUCCCGCAUACCGCUAACUUAUGGCAUUCGACCGGGGAAGCUAUGCGGGUAGCAGUGAGUCUGGGACUACACCAGGAGCCUGAUGGCCGAAUGAUGAAGGACCACAAACUCUGCGAAGAGCGACGCAAGCUCUUUUGGGUUGUUUACCAGCUUGAUAGGAUCGUUUCCAUAUCUGCGGGAUGUCCUGUCGCCCUAAGUGACGAACACAUCACAACCCAGCUUCCGUACGGAGGCGGCAGUCCUUUUCAUGGUGAUCCAGAUAAUAAUCAUCCCGGAAAAAGUCAGAGCGUGACGCAAAGACGGUUCCUCAUGAGAACGCGUGCCUGCGUCUUACAGUCGGAAGUACACGCUACCCAGUUCUUCGAUCAAGCCCUCCCAGACUACAUCAAGGACCAAGCCGACUGGAUCAACAAGAUCAAUGAAGCCAUUCAAAAGCUUGCCACUGAAGCCACGCCUGAACCUUGGGCUGAUCCAUGGCUAAUUUCAGCGCCUUAUCAAUGUCGCGUUCUACUCCAUCGGCCCUGUUCCAGAAACAUUGUGGUAUCUGACGAGUCGUUACUGGCCGUUGUAAUUGCAGCGACCAAUCUGAUUACUCUGGACAUGAAUGUCGCUAAAGCAGGGGGGCUCGUGAUGGCAUUCGAAAUUGGCAAUCGGGAUUUUCAAGCCGGGAUGGUUUUGCUUUACGCUCUCCGGAACCACUCUGCAAAGCUGGAGGAAGCUUCGCUUACGGUUACAGCGGAGAGAGCGCUUUCAGAUCUUGUGCAACUAUUCAAUCUGUUGUCCUCGAGAUGGCCACCAUUGGCAGACACUGCUGCAUAUAUCAACGAGCUAGUCGAUACGAAUCUCCGCAAUCCAGUCGGUCAUAGUGGUAGCGCUUAUGACAUGAAUGUCCUUGAGGAACUGGACUGUCUCGUCACCCAACGACGAAUCCACAGCAUUCGCCAUCGCCACGUUGUAUUGCCACAGCAGAAGAAAUCAGCUGCUGCUGCCACUCAACCGAAAGAUAGUGGUCAGCAGAUGGGUGAAGAUCUGUUUGAGGACGAAAACUGGUGGCGGGACUUCAUCAACGAUGAUUUAGUUACGAACGACAUUCAAUAG